GUUCCUUUAUUAUCUCAAUAAUAGAAGCAUUUUAUAGAUUUAACCAGUUGCUAAAAAAAACCCUGUCAAUCCCUUUCUGCAAUUGCUUUCUAAAAAAGCGGUGUUAUAUUGCUUCAAUCUCAAUCAUACUAUAAUGGCUUCGUCUUCUUUUUCUCUUUCUCCUCUAUCUUCUCUGCCACGAAAUUGGAAGCAUCAUGUCUUCCCGAGCUUCCAUGGAGCAGACGUCCGCAAAUCCUUUCUCAGUCACAUUCUGAAGGAGUUCAGAAGCAAAGGAAUUAGCACUUUCAUUGACAAUGAUAUCGAGAGGAAUAAGUCGAUCGGUCCCCAGCUCAUCGAUGCUAUUAAAGGAUCGGAAAUUGGGAUUGUCUUGCUCUCCAAGAACUAUGCUUCUUCGUCUUGGUGCCUAAACGAGUUAGUGGAGAUCAUGAAGUGUAGGACAGAGCUUGGUCAGACAGUAAUGACCAUUUUCUAUGAAGUGGAUCCAGCUGAUAUAAAGAAGCAGAGGAAAGAUUUUGGGAAGUCCUUCAGAAAAACAUGUAAAGGCAAAACAAGUGACGAGAUUGAGACAUGGAAAAAAGCUUUGGAAGGUGUGGCCACCAUCGCUGGUUACCAUUCAAACAACUGGGAUAAUGAAGCAGCCAUGAUCGAAAAAAUAGCAACUGAUGUUUCAAACUUGUUGAAUAAUUCCACGACAUCAAGAGAUUUCAAGGAAUUGGCUGUGUCCGGAGCUCAUAUGGAAAAAAGGAAUUUUUUUUUUUUGAAUGUCUAAGAGGUUCUGGACAUGUAAGCCUAUGCAUUCUCUUAUGGCGAAGUCUGUACCAUCUAAUUUAAUUUUUAUUUGAAGAGUAAACCUUUUUCAACUCGA